CCCAGCGCCAUACGUGCUUCUGCCUAGCUAGCGCGUAGCGCUUGUCUGUGUUUGUGUGCCAGGAGUAUCUUUGCCUUUUUCGUCCUCCUUUUUUCCCACUCUCAGCACUAAUGAAUCCCAUGGCGGCGUCUUCGUCCGUCACGAGCGUCGGCGGCGUGCUGAUCGUCACGCAGGUCAUCCCUCGAGACGGAAGCGCCGUCCCGCCGCAGGCCGACACGCCGGCUCCGCCCGCCGAUGCCCGGGCCGCACCCCCUGCCUCUCCCGCCAAGGAGAACGCUAAGAGCGCCGCCCACCGGCGGGGGCUGAUCCCGGGCCUCGGGGUUGUCCAGAUGGUCAUCGGCUUGCUGUGCGUUCUCUUCGGCUUGACGGGCAUCUCGCGCUUCCUGAUUGAGCACGUGGCGUUCUGCGGCGGCAUCUGCUUUCUGGCGUCCGGUUGGUUGGCGGUGGCGGCUCGGAGGCGGACGUCCGCUACGCUGGUGUGGGCGUGUCUGUGGUCCAACGCCGUCAGCGUCCUGCUGAGCCUGGGCGGCGCGGCCUACCUGAGCUGGCUGCUGGCGACCGGUCGUCCCGCCGAGAGCGUAUGCGGCGACCGAUUGGCCGGCGACGGCAAAGCGUGGAGCGUCUGCGUCGAGAAUCUGUGGUUGUUGGACAGGGCGCUGUCGGGCCUUCGCGGCCUGUUCCUGGUUGUGCUGCUCCUGCAGGCCGCCGUCUGCGCGGCGCUCUGCGUCUUCACCGCCGGCGCCAUCAGGACGCGACAGCGCUACGCGCCCAUCACGGUGCCGGGAGAAGAUGGCUGCUGUGGCGGGGAGCCAGAGGCCCAGCCAGAAUCUCCGUGACAACCGACGCAACUUUGGGACAGCGUAAAAAUAGUGGAAUCACGGCAUCAGAAAAGCAGAAGAUUUGAGUUACAAUCGGACGAUAAGAGUCAUAAUUGCAUAUUAACAUUUUAGUUAUUAGUGUAAAAGCAACAGAAGCAUUAUAACCUUUGCAUGACUUUUUUGUACACUUGCAUUUUGGCUCAUUAGCAAGCUAAAAUGAGAAUAAAAUGUGCACAGCUUGCUGUAGUUGAAAUCAACCAAAACCAAUAAAGGGUCAACAAAUGUCA